AUUCUUGGUCUUGCUUUCGACGAAUAAAGAUGAAGCAGAUAUAAAAGUGCUGAGUAUGCCAAAAGAAACAGUUGGGUCUCGACGGCGAUUUAGCUACAACAUCCUUAACGCGGUCGUUCAAAAUUCAGUCACUGCUUCUGGCCGCAGCCCAUGAGCUUAGCCAGUUCGUUAUUCUUGACUCAAAAUUUCAAGCUUUGGCGCAAAAAUCUUUACCCAAUACACAGUUCUACAUCCCUGCAAUACCAAAACCUUCUUUCUGCAUUGAAAUCGUGCGAGAAUACCAAUCAAGUCUCUCAAAUUCAUGGCUUUAUGAUCAAGGCUGGUUUUCACCAGGACUCUUUCGCUUUGAGCAAGCUCCUUGCUGUUUCCAUACAAGACAUCCAAUAUGCUGCCUCCAUAUUUAAGCAUAUUCAGAACCGAAAUCUCUUCGUCUUUAAUACCAUGCUUAGAGCCUACUCAAUCAGCCAUAACCCGAAACAAGCUUUUGGUGUCUUCAGUGACUUGAGAGCACAAGGAUUUACGUUGGACCAGUUUUCUUUUGUCGCAACUCUUAAAUCUUGUGCUCGUGAAUCAUCCAUUGAGACCGGUCAGGGGAUUCACGGGAUUGUUUUGAGAUCUGGGCAUCUGUUGUUUAUUAACGUAAAGAAUACUCUGUUGCAUGUUUAUGCUCUUUGUGGUCAGAUUGAAAAUGCCCAUAAGCUGUUCGAUGAAUUUCCUCAAUGGAAUGAUUUGGUGUCAUGGAACACUUUGAUGAGAGGGUAUCUUCAUGUCUCUCAACCUAAUGUAGUUACAAUUUUGUUCAAGGAAAUGUACAGGAGUGGUUUGGGAGUCAGUGUUACUGCAUUGCUGAGCAUUUUGUCAGCCAUUGGUGAUCUGGAAGACUCAUUUGGAGGGGAGUCUCUUCACGCCCAAUGCAUUAAGACAGCUUUGCUUUUUGAUCUAAAUGUGGUCACUGCUUUGAUUGAUAUGUAUGCUAGAAUCGGGCAUAUCGAUUUAGUGCGUAGCAUUUUUGACAAUGUUACUGCAAAGGAUGUUAUCAUAUGGAAUUGUAUGAUAGAUAAGUUUGCCAAAAGUGGCCUGCUUGAGGAGUCUGUAGCUCUUCUAGAGCAAAUGAGAUGUGAAAAAGUGAAACCGAAUUCAUCUACAUUGGUAGGUUUGCUAUCUGCUUGUGCUGCUUCUGGUUCCGCUGAUGUAGGCCGACGAAUUGGAGAUUAUGUCGAAGAGGAGGAAUUGGCUUUGGAUGCAGUUCUUGGAACCUCUCUGGUUGAUAUGUAUGCUAAAUUUGGGUUUUUGGAAAAGGCUGUUGACAUUUUCAAGAAGAUGAGUAGUAAGGAUGUUAAAUCUUGGACAGCCAUGAUUUCGGGUUAUGGGACUCAUGGGUUGGCAGGAAAUGCAAUUGAACUGUUCUAUAAGAUGGAAAGAAAAGGAUGUAGACCUAAUGAGGUAACUUUUUUGGCAGUUUUAAAUGCCUGCAGCCAUGGAGGGAUGGUGGUGGAGGGCAUGAGAUGUUUUGAGAGGAUGGUUCAGGAGUAUGGUUUUAUGCCCAAGGUAGAACACUAUGGAUGUGUUAUUGAUCUUUUAGGCCGUGCAGGGUUGCUAAAGGAAGCAUAUAAUCUAAUAACAAAGCUACCUAUUAAAGACGAUUCUACUGCAUGGCGAUCUUUACUUGCAGCUUGUAGAGUAUAUGGAGAUGUCAGUUUAGGUGAAAGAGUGAAAAGUGUGUUGGACAAACUUGAUGAUGCACUGCCUGCUGACUUAAUGCUUCUAUUUGGAACUUAUGCAAUUGCUGGAAGAUUGGCAGAUCAAAGGAGAUUGGAAGAGGAGAAGGAUACUGCAAAUAGGUCACUUGGGAAGAAGGAAGCUGGAUGUAGCACCAUUGAAAUGGGUGUUUAAGACUUGAGAAUUGAAGAAGCAUGGUUGUUAAUGCCUUCAAGCUCAGGCUGCUAAAGGUUUGAAGUUAUGAAUUGGUGGCAUGGCAAAGAUUGAGAUCACCCUCCACGUGGCAAAAAUUUUGCUUUAGUUGUACACAAAA